AGGUGGUACGUUUGCUCUAUAUAUUAAUAUGUUUGCAUUACAACAUGACACAUUCCCCAUCCAUCCUUCUUCCUCAUCACCACUUUGAUUUUUUCCCAAUAUCGAAAUGGUGACUGUCGACGAAGUCCGCAAGGCUCAACGGGCUGAGGGUCCGGCCACCAUCUUGGCCAUCGGGACAGCAACUCCUCCUAAUUGUAUCAAACAAAGCACAUACCCUGACUACUAUUUUCGUAUCACCAACAGUGAGCACAAGGUUGAGCUCAAGAAGAAAUUCCAGCGUAUCUGUGAUAAGUCCAUGAUCAAGAAGCGCUACAUGUAUUUGACUGAAGAGAUUUUGAAGAAGAAUCCUAGUAUGUGUGAGUACAUGGCACCUUCACUUGAUGCAAGACAAGACAUGCUAGUUGUUGAAAUUCCAAAGCUAGGCAAAGAGGCUGCAACCAAGGCCAUUACGGAAUGGGGCCAACCCAAGUCCAAAAUCACCCACUUGGUCUUUUGUACCACAAGUGGUGUUGACAUGCCAGGGGCCGAUUACCAGCUCACUAAGCUUUUAGGCCUCCGCCCGUCUGUUAAGCGCCUCAUGAUGUACCAACAAGGUUGUUUUGCUGGCGGCACCGUGCUCCGGUUGGCCAAGGACUUGGCUGAGAACAAUCGGGAUGCACGUGUUCUCGUUGUUUGCUCUGAGAUCACUGCCAUCAUUUUCCGUGGGCCGCCUAGCGACAACCAUCUCGAUAAUCUUGUAGGCCAAGCCUUGUUCGGUGACGGUGCUGCAGCCAUUAUUGUUGGGGCUGAUCCGCUGCCCGAGAUUGAGAAGCCUUUGUUUGAGGUUGUCUCGGCGGCCCAGACUAUCCUUCCAGAUAGUGAUGGGGUCAUGGAAUUGCAUCUUCGUGAAGUUGGGCUUACAUUUCACCUCCUCAAAGAUGUUCCCGGGCUGAUUUCAAAGAACAUCGAGAAGAGCCUCAACGAGGCCUUUAAGCCUUUGAACAUCACGGAUUGGAACUCACUUUUCUGGAUUGCACACCCGGGUGGCCCUGCAAUUCUUGACCAAGUAGAGGCAAAAUUGGGCCUGAAGCCUGAAAAGUUAGAAGCCACAAGGCACAUAUUAUCCGAAUACGGAAACCUAACCAGUGCUUGCGUUUUGUUUAUUUUGGACGAGGUGAGGAGGAAGUCUGCAGCAAAUGGGCACAAAACCACUGGAGAGGGCCUGGAGUGGGGAGUCUUAUUUGGGUUUGGGCCUGGGCUCACUGUCGAGACCGUCGUGCUUCACAGUGCUAGUGUCACUGCUUGAACUUGAAAUUCUUGGGUGAUCCAUUUCAUAUGCUCCCUAUUCUAUUAUGUAUAUGAUUUGCACUAUUAGCUUAUAGCUAGUUUUGGUUUUGGUCAUUGUAAUUUGUUUUCUUAAAGGCGUGUGUGGGCAUCAUGGGGUAAGCUUAAUUGUUGCUAUGUUUACUUUCAUGUUAACAAAAAUGUAGCCACUUAUAUAAAAUAAUGCAAUAAUAUAAGCUUCCGUU